AAGUGUUGGUGGAACUUUGUCUAGGUCCCUAAAAGGUAUUUUAACGCCAAAACUUGUUAUGGAUUAUAAUCUUGAAGGCGUAAGCAACAAAAAGGGACUUCGAUGUUACAAUAAUUUUAUAUCUGCACUUUUUGAGGCAAUUGAAAUGGUUACCCCGGGGAACCCAAAUAAGUCACUCCGACACGCGAUAACAUGUAUCAAGAACACAUACAGCAAAAACAGUAUAAAGGAAAGAAAACUUAUGAAGGAAAGCAAUCAGGUGCUAUCUAGUAGCAAAAACUCUAAAAGCUUAAAGGAAAAAAAACCUGUAAAGGCAGACGAUCCUAUAUGCACCAAGUCGAUACACAAAUCAACAGAACAAGCUACAAAUGAAAUUGAAUUUCCCCUUAAAUCUGAAAGUGAUCUUAUUUUAAUAGAUUCAGAAAUGCAGAGAAAUGGCCAUCCCGAUUACAUAAAAAGAAUUAAAGAUUUGCUUGGUACCGGAAAACUUUCUCAAUCUAUUAAAAAUGUUAUGACAGAGGAUAUCAUCAACGACUUCAAUAUCUUGGGACUUAAUUCUAAAAAAGCCCUUAACCAAUAUUUACACUUUUUCCCCUGUCUUUUAGGCGAUACGAUUGUUGGAACCCAAUAAGCCGGCAGAUUUGGUCCUUAACAAAGCAAUGGUUUGCGUUAAAAACAAUUUGAAUAAGAAAAUACGUAAAAUAAAAAGACUUGAUAAAUAUGGAAUUUAAAAUUAGAAUUGAUACAAGUAUAGUUAAGCUAAAAAAU